AUUUUUUGGUCCAAAAAUAAAUUAGGCCAAAAACCGGCCUUACCGACCCUCCCCUUUGAUUCCUGGGGUUUACUGUGAGGAGAAUUCGUCUUAAAAGCGGGACCUCGAGUUUCAAUACUACAUUGAACAAUCCACUUUUCCGGUGAAAAAAUGAUUCAACUGGGAUUCUUCCUUCUACUCUGGGCUAGAGCUUUCGCAUAUCCUGCACUUACGCCCACGCCUGCGCCUGCUACUACGGCUACGCCUGCACUUUCGGCUCCUUCUACGGCUCCGGCUACAACUGCGCCUACUUCUAUGACUACCGCUACACCUUCGACCGUUGCUUCGCCUUCGAGUAUACCUACGCCUAGUGCUACGUUUACGUCUACGUCUACGUAUACGUCUUUGUCUCGUGAAGCUUGCUCAAAUGUGCCAAUCGUGCAGGAUUUCGAUCUGGACAAAUUCCAGGGACGUUGGUUCAUACUAGGGAAAUACGCUAUUGUUACUAAUGCGUUAAUAAAAUGCAUCACUGCAUACUGGUCGCUGAACGACGAAGGUACAUUAGAUGCCGAAAUCGCCCUAAUAGACGUGAUAUACAACGUAGCACUAAAUUAUAGCGGUGUUGCGACAUUUACUGGAACUGAAGGAAGAUAUACGGUAGAAUACGAUAGUGUAGAUUAUGGAGAACAUCGGAUUGUAUACACAGACUAUGAGCAUAUUGCCAUCAAAUUGUCUUGCGCGGAUGUAUCAAUUGACGGAGAAAAUAAUCUUCUUAUUUUGGGAAGAGAGCAACAGAUAGAUAAAGAUUCUUUCGUGGAUGCUUUGCAAUUUAUUAUAGAUCACCAGCUCAACAAUGUGCCACUGGUUAUAGAAGAUUGGUCAGAAUGUCCAGAUUUGACCUGCUGAUAAAUUUUUCAUUUAAUUCUUGCCUUUAUGAAAUUUGCAUUAACAAAGAAUUAAUAAAAAAGAUCUAUUUAAACAUUUUUAAUCGAAAACAAAAUUAAAAUUCAAUAUGCUUAAUUGAGUAAUCACAUGUAAUAUCUUUACUUAACAGUAAAUAUUUUAUUUUAUCCUUGA